GAGCCAACCAUUGUAGGCUCCCUAGGCAUCUCAUCCCACUCGCUGCCUUUCCAUUCCAUCCCUCCUUUAACCGCACGCCCCACUAUCUGCGGCCUCGUUGAUAAAGACCAUAUCAAACACUCCCAGUCCUCUUUUCACCAACUCCCAACUCCGUUCCAUAACCCCUCCACAUCCUCUCCUGCGAUAGCAUACACAUCCUCUAUCACGAAAGCUUUACGGAUCUUGCUCAUUGCAGCUCAUUGCGUGGAAGUGGCCGACUCCAUCCCGGGUCUGCGCGGUCAAAGUGCCGCAUGACUCGUGGCACACUCCAUACCAAUCCCCUCCAAGGGUAGUCUGACCUCUCUUGUGACAAGUUCAGGGACCGUGACACUCUUCAUCGCAGCCUGCAAACAGACCUGCGUGGCACCGACUCACGACGCACACCAAAGACGCGCUCUACCGCAACCACUUCGUCCCCAACUAUGGGCAGCGGCCUGCCUCGAUCUAACGCCGACUCCCAAGGACCGUGGUACAAUCAUGACCAAUACCCAACGAUGAAUCGAGGACAUUCAAGCAGUGUUUCUUCCGCGAUGCCUCUAUCAAUGGUGCAGGGACCAAACAGACAACGCAAUGGGUUUGCGGCGAACGGAGAAAAGGCAGUCCCUGUGCCAGGUUCUGGCUCAUACGGAAAUGGCGUGGAUAGAAAGAACAGCCUAGGAGGCACUCCGUCCUUAUUCGACAUGGCUAGAAGCCCUCCAAAUGGAUCGAACAAGAAUACCAAACAUGUACCCUGUAAAUUCUUCCGUCAGGGUGCUUGUCAAGCCGGCAGCGCCUGUCCUUUCUCCCACUCUCUCGAUUCAACGGGUCAUCAGGCACCUUGCAAGUAUUUUAUGAAGGGGAACUGCAAAUUCGGCGCAAAGUGUGCGCUGGCCCACUAUCUUCCCGACGGACGACGUGUCAACCGAGCUGAUCUUGACGCCGGCGUAGCCAUGGCAGGUCGAGGCUAUGGCUACGCAAAUCGACAGGAACAAUCGCCUUUCCCUCCCCAAGAUCCAAGCCUUGGUGACCCGAUGCUGAAUCAACCCGGCUAUGGGGCAGACUACUUUCCCGGACAAGCUUUCCCUCUGAUGGACCCAGACGAAGGAGAUGCAUUUCACGAUCGUUACAACCAAUACCAAGGUCAUUCAGCUCUCGACUCAGGAGUCAACUCACCGCCCACCUCACAGUUUGGCUCACCUCCGAACGACUAUUUGUUCCCCAAAUCGCCUGUCGAAAACCUAAGAACCGCUCUCAAUGCACCACUACCACAAUCUUUCGACGCCAAUGGUGUCUCACAUAUAGCCCAAUAUGGCCCCUUUGGUCAAUCGGUGCCUGACAAAUUCGGCCUCCGUUCACCUGCAUCCUCCUCGCUUUCAAGGCAGCUUGGCAGUCCUCCUGACUCGAUUGUCAAUGUUCGAAAUGCUAAUCUAGGUUCGAACUUACGGAACGCUUCUCCUCUAGCCAUGUCUCCCCAGAACACGGAAGAAUCUAUCGGUCAGAGAAUGAUGCACUCGCAGCGACCGAUAAAGACCAGAGGUCUUUCAGCCAGCGUCCCACGAUCGAGCCUUUAUCACGAAUGGGAAGAAGGACUUGGGUUAGAGACCGAGUUGUUGCCAAACAGUCUUCACGACGAGGUGCUUACUCCACAGGAGAAGAUGAGGCGGAUGUCCAGGCCAGAUCAGGAAUUCGGUUCAAGAGACAAUGCUCACGCAUUGGCAAUACCCAGUGGCAGCUCGAGCAAGGUUGGAUCGCCACCUGCGGGUAGUCCUUCCAGGUUCAGCGCAUUGUGGGCCGAGCAGCGCAAAGAAAAGGGAAGUGAUAAUCCCGUCCCAACAAAUGUCGGUCACGUAGGCUCGCCUUUGCGAGGCGCCUGGAUGCCUCAGGAAUCCUCACAACCAGGUGGACAGGUAUCUGGAAUAUCUCAAGCCAUGGCGCGAAUGCAAUUGAACCGGACAGACUCGGGAGAAUCCAACGGAGGACGAGUGCAGUCUAGCGGAUUGAGACAUUCAUCUGCACCUAUUGGUCGCUUGGAUCGCGGCAUAUCCAGCCCAGGUCUGAGUUCCAAGAAGAUUGACGAAGAAGUGGAAGGCGUUUUCUUCCCAAUGGACGGCGACGACAAAAACACAGCAUGGACGGGGCUAUCGCCAAGACUGGCACCAGUACCGGAGAGAUCAAAUGGGAUGGCACGCAGCAGACAAGACGAUCUCACAGCUGGCGAAGGUGGAAUCAAGUCAAUGUGGACUUUUCAAUCAUGACAGAUUGGAUAUCGUGCACCAACGAUUCACAGCGACUGACGAUUUACGAUGGCGUCCAAAAUGUACAGCUUCUCCUAUACCGGCCAGAAUAUCCAAUUUCGGCGGAUGAUGAGGACAAAAAAUGCAUACAUAGCCGAGCAUUGGAGUUUCACAGCAUUACAACGAUGGAGAUGAUUAAUGGGACGCGGCUGGAUAACUGCCAACAAAGCAAGGGACGGAGUAUGUGCUUCUUGUCCUCCGCUAUAGAUACCUGCUACACUUUGGUGAAUGCAUUGAGUUAGACGUGGUCAGUAAUCAAGAUAGAAAUGCAAGGCAUGAAAGACCAA